AUGCUGGGGUUUAUUCGUGCCAGUGAGAGCUUAGGCUCUCAUUUGGUGUGUCCUACAUACCGUCGAUGUCAAUUACCUGGCCUACCUCGCUGUUCUCCACUUCUUAUACUUCGGGAUCCUACGCGCCGCCCACGAUCGUCCAGAUCGGAACCAUCAAUAUACCGUCCUCAAUAUCGAAACGAGAUGCAGUAUGGGAACAGAGACAGGUUUGCUGAAAGGCAUGCUCCACGGCCAGGACGGGGAACAACAUGCAUACUGGAACCUGGUCAGGCUGACUUGGGCGAUCAUAAGAUCCCCAAGGCACAAGACGACAGAGGGGACGACAUUGGGGCUGGUCCCCAGGUCGAGAGUUUGGAGGAUGUGAAGAGAGACUUCAACGCUAUUCUCCGGGAUGGCCAACCAGACCAGGUGAUGGAUGCGAUGCUUGAUCCUCGCUUUGAGAGCUUAGUUUGCUUGAUGCCACAAAGCACCUUUGUUGAAGUCUUCCAUCUCCUCUCUCCGGCUUACUUUAUUGAUCCUUAUCGGGAAAUCCAUCGUCCCCUUCAUCCGUCGGCUGUCGAUGUCAAGCAGUACAAAUCACUGGAAUCGAUUUUUGACGAGUUUGCCAAUAACCUGUCUGCCAUCCUGCAGAUCAGGUGGGCGGGCGGCCAGCCCUUGGGCUUGGCUGAGUACACGCACCUGCUCGAUUGCGCACGCUCAAUGGGCGACGCUAUCAUGGCAGACUAUAUCUGGCAUACAAUUAGGGAGGAUGGAAUGGUGCCGGAUUCCCAGUGCUAUAACUACUACAUGGAAGCGAAAGUCUGGGAUAAAGCAUACACCGGCUUGGAGAAGUAUCGCCUCAGAAUGACCCCUUACCUGUAUCGGAAGAGGAGAUUCUUCGAACCCAACCCCGGAUGGCAAGGUUACGGUACUGCCGCCCGGAGUGUGAGAAAGGAAGUGCUGCAGAUCUUUAACGAGAUGACACAGGAGGGUACCUCGGGGGACACAACUACCUUUGUCAAUGUGAUCCUUGCGUCAAGCCGAGUUGGCCAUAUGCAAGGAAUCAAGAAUGUCCUGCACACCGUCUGGAACAUUGACGUUGAUGCGCUGCUAGAACAGGUCGAUGAGUCGAUGCUCCCGGAGGUGACCCCAUACGACCGUUCCUCACCGCUGUACCCCACAAGUCAUCUGCUGUUCGCCGUGGCGCAUGCCUUCGGCACCAACAAUGACAUCCCUGCCGCUCUGCGCACCAUAGAUUUUAUUUCGAGCAGAUACGACAUCCCGGUGCCGGAGAAUGUCUGGCUCGAGCUAUUUGAGCGAUCGUUCGUUUUGUCUCGUCCGAGGUUUGGCCCUGACGCUGAAAGGAACGCAAAGGGCCAGGUUUCAUAUGACUUCCUCAACUCCAUGUUCGAAACGAUGACAGCCGAGCCUUUCAACGUGCGUCCAACAAUCGAGGUGCACCAUAUUCUCGCCAAGACUGCGUGGGAUCGCGCCAGGCUGUCAGAAUUCAAGCACCAUAUGGAAGCUGCGUAUGACCUCUUAAGGGAGACAAGAAAGAAGAGGAGAACUGCAAGGUCGAUCAUAGAAGCAUAUCUGGGGCAGCCACAAACGCAAAUUCUGAGAUCGCGAGCCUUUGCAGAUGCUGUGCACGCGUAUGACAUUCUGCGCCUGCGCACUAUGCAGCAAACCGUUAUCAUGGAGCGUCUUGCAAGGCUUUUACUAAUUCACCGUCGCUGGGUGGGUAGUCAGAACCAAGUGUGGGAACGAAGCCUUCUACCGCAGGCGCUGGAAGAAUGGCGAGACUUUUUGCCAGAGUCCGUGGUAUACCAUACCCGAGGAGGCCUCGUCGAAUUUGAUGGUGCCACCUCUUGGCGCCAGCGUAAUAUAAGAUCCCAUGAUAGAGUACCAGUCCGGCGGCCAGCGUUCGGAACAAAUAUCGAGCUUGACGACGACGCGAACGAUAUUGACGACGACAUUUUCUGGGAUUAUUAUCGACAAUCUGCCCCACACCUUGAUCUGUCCAUUCCACCUCUGAGAAGGCUUUUCGAGGCUGUCCAAGAAGACAAUGUCAGUAGCACUUACGACGACGAAGCUUUUCUGGCCGAAGAGCUGGAAUAUGAAGCCGGUGAGCUUGAGAUCCCUAGGGUUGGGAGAGCUGCGAGGACGCCCAGACAGCGCGCGACCACUAGGGAGCACCAAGCAGGAGAAGCCGACGAACCCAUAACCACAGGUCCGGGGCCUCUCUUGUGGGCUUGA